AUGGAGAACAUGAUGCAGGGCAAUAAGAUCAGACGAGUUGCAGCUACUCGCAUGAAUGAGAGGUCAUCUCGAUCACACACGAUUUUCCGGAUUAUUCUGGAGUCGAAAGAUGCCAAUCAGAAAGAUGGACCUGUACAUAUAAGCUACCUUAACUUAAUGGACUUAGCUGGUUCUGAGAGAGUUUCUCUGACGAAAGCUGCUGGUGAGCGUCUUAAAGAGGGGGCUAACAUAAACAAAUCUUUGUCAGUAUUAGGAAAUGUGAUAAGGCAACUAAGCGAGGGGAAGGAGUUUAUCAGUUAUCGCGAUUCGAAAUUGACUAGACUGCUCUCACAGGCUCUUGGCGAUGUAUAUGGAUCUGUAGUAAAACCUUUAGUCGAUUCCUUCAUGGAAGGUUUCAAUGCCACAAUAUUUGCAUAUGGCCAAACAUCUUCUGGCAAAACACACACCAUUUUGGGCAAUAAAACAGAUCCUGGGCUUUUCCAAUUAGUAUCCAAUCAGUUAUUCCAGCAUGUGGCAGACCAGGUUGAUAAGAGGUACUUGAUUAGAUGCAGUUAUAUUGAAAUCUACAAUGAAAAGAUCAAUGACCUCCUGGAUAAGAGCAAUCAGGGUUUAACUAUAAGAGAAGAUAUCAAAGGAAAUGUGCUGCUUGAUGCAAGGGAAGCUGUCGUAGACAAUGUUGAUAAAGUUAUGGAGAACAUGAUGCAGGGCAAUAAGAUCAGACGAGUUGCAGCUACUCGCAUGAAUGAGAGGUCAUCUCGAUCACACACGAUUUUCCGGAUUAUUCUGGAGUCGAAAGAUGCCAAUCAGAAAGAUGGACCUGUACAUAUAAGCUACCUUAACUUAAUGGACUUAGCUGGUUCUGAGAGAGUUUCUCUGACGAAAGCUGCUGGUGAGCGUCUUAAAGAGGGGGCUAACAUAAACAAAUCUUUGUCAGUAUUAGGAAAUCAUGUGGCAGACCAGGUUGAUAAGAGGUACUUGAUUAGAUGCAGUUAUAUUGAAAUCUACAAUGAAAAGAUCAAUGACCUCCUGGAUAAGAGCAUCAGGUUUAACUAUAAGAGAAGAUAUCAAAGGAAUGUGCUGCUUGAUGCAAGGGAAGCUGUCGUAGACAAUGUUGAUAAAGUUAUGGAUAACAUGAUGCAGGGCAAUAAGAUCAGACGAGUUGCAGCUACUCGCAUGAAUGAGAGGUCAUCUCGAUCACACACGAUUUUCCGGAUUAUUCUGGAGUCGAAAGAUGCCAAUCAGAAAGAUGGACCUGUACAUAUAAGCUACCUUAACUAA